AUGGACAUGGAGUUUGGCAAGGAGAAGCCUUCAUCAACAACUAAGCCUGCUUCGCAUGCGGCUCAACUAACUACCUCACGAUCAGCCAAUCAGGACCGACUUCCCCACACGGACACGAAUUCCUUCCUUUCUGGGACUAGCGGAUGCAAGUUCAGUGCAAGAACAUCAUCACAAGGAUUUGAUAAUGUCGACGAUGAUGGUCCCGACGGCGACGGCGAUGGCGAUGGCGAUGGUAGGGUGGUUUACAAGGCAAUUUGGUGA